GGAUCAUGGAGACGUCAACAUCUGAAGGGAAGCACGGGAUACAAUGAACAUCUAGGAUGCAGUUGGACGAUCUAGACUUCGCAGAUGAUCUGGCCCUUCUAUCCCAAACGCAACAACAAAUGCAGGAGAAGACGAACAGUGUGGCAGCAGCCUUAGCAGCAGUAGGUCUCAAUAUACACAAAAGGAAAAACAGGAUCCUCCGAUACAACACAGCAUGCACCAAUCCAAUCACAAUUGACGGAGAAGAUUUCGAAGAUGUAAAAACCUUUACAUAUUUGGGCAGCAUCAUUGAUGAACACGGUGGAUCUGAUGCAUAUGUGAAGGCGCGCAUCGGCAAAGCAACAGCAGCAUAUUUACAAUUGAGGAACAUCUGGAACUCAAAGCAACUGUCUGUCAACCAACACCAAGGUCAGAAUUUUCAAUACAAAUGUCAAGACAGUUCUACUCUAUGGGGAAGAAACCUGGAGAACUACGAAAUCCAUCAUCCAGAAAAUACAGGUGUUUGUUAACAACUGUCUACGCAAAAUACUUCAGAUCCGUUGGCCGGACACUAUUAGCAACAACCUAAUGUGGGAGAGAACAAACCAGAUCCCACUGGAGGAAGAAAUCAGGAAGAAUUGCUGGAAGUGGAUAGAACGCACAUUGAGGAAAGCACCCAACCGCGUCACAAGACAAGCACUCACAUGGAAUC